CGUAGAAUGCCCACAGACCGGUCGGAGGUCGCGUGCGGGCGUUCCAGUUAGUAACAAUACUAUUCUCGGGGGUAGCACGCACCGUGGCGCAGCACAUAUUAUAGCUAUAUUAUUGUAACGGACGUUUUUCAGUAUUUUUUUCUCUCCACAUCGUUAAAGAAUUUAAGUCCCGUUUUUCUCAAAACGUUUCUUUUCGGUCACUUCCCCGAGCCGUUGUUACGUCGAUCCGUGACGUGACAAGACGGUUGUAACGCAGCAGCACUGCUGGUUUGUCGGAUUCCGGUCCAGGAAUCUCGCCGGGAAGGUCCAUCACGUUCGCGCGCGAGCCCGGAAGAGGAUCGCGUUUUGACGACAGAAGUCCGAACCUGAUGAUUGAUCCGUUUGAGUAGACAGUAAAGAAGUUCGUGGACAUAUUUUAAAGGAAAUGUGUUAAAAUAAGCACCAAUACUUUUUUUAUAAUUUAUACGUACGAAGAACCUGGACCUGUGACUGAAUAGUGAUAAAACAUGUUGGACGUCAAGAGGUCGAUUUCCAUGCUUCCAGCACCAGUAAACUCGGAACCAGACACGGAUCUGACCAGUCUGAACUGGUUGCAUAGUUUGACAAACAUACUAUCGGUGCCAUCUUUGCCUACUCCUCCUGAUUCACCUAAUUCGCCCACGCGUUUAGCAGAUCAGAAUCCCAAAAAACUUCCGCAUAAAAUCCGUUUUCAAAUGAGUUUGGAAAGCGCCGAACAAUACAAAAACAACGGGGACAAAAAACCGCCAUUCUCAUAUUCUACAUUGAUCUGUAUGGCUAUGAAAGCCAAAGGAAAUAAAGUUACGUUAAGUUCCAUAUAUGGUUGGAUCAGAGAAAACUUUUUGUACUACCGUAACGCUGAUCCAAGUUGGAAGAACUCGAUCAGACACAAUUUAUCGCUAAACAAAUUCUUCGUAAAAGUGCCGCGAUCUAAAGAUGAACCAGGUAAAGGAGGAUUUUGGAAGUUUGAUGUCGAUUGCUUAGAAGGUGGUGCUCGGCGUAAACGAACAAGUAGCCGGAGGCGGGCAAGUCGGAUGCAGCAAAAGAACAACGCGAGCAAGAGACACGGAGAGAUGACCGUCGAAGACGAAAAAGCGCUCGAGUUGGCCGUCCAGUCGCUGGAAGAGGAACAGCGACAUAUGGACAACAGUUUGGACAAUAAUUUGGACGGUUUCCACCAGCAUCCGUUGAUACUUCCGGUCGACGAGCCGAUGGGCGUACCCGAGUUGGUCUACAGCUGUUCGAUAAACGCAGCCACCGUGGAUCCGUUCAUGUCUUCUGUAGUCGAUUACACGAUAAUCGACAUACCCAACGACCAUCAGCCACAAAUCGCCACGGACGAAGAGCUAACCAUGCUCACGAACUUGACGUGGGACGAUUCGCAAAUGGAUCUACUCGAUUCGUUGCUAGACUCGUUGUAGAUCGGCUUUAAUAAUACCUAAUAUUAUAUUCGUGCAGUUGGUAUGCGGUAUUGGAUCCUAUAUACUAUAUCAUAUUGUCAUUAUUUUAUUAUUAAAUAAUGUUAUUAUAAUACCGAAUCCAUUCCGGCAUUCCGUUUCGAGUGUUUUGACGUGUCAAAGUGAAACUAGUCUUUUUAUUUUUAUUUUUUAUUUUUUAUUAUACCAUUGAAUUUCGAUGUAGAACGAAACGGCGAGACCGAAAGUGUGAUACAAA